UGGAAAAGGAAAAGGAGGAAGAUAAUCACACGUUUGAAAGAUACCGGGAUGGAAUUGGGGCAAUUUUGCACAGUGCAGUCAGUAGUUUGCAGCUACGCCAUGGACAGCAGCCCAGCACCACCAGGUGCAUUAUAGCACAGUGAUUUUCCCUGAUGACAUCUAAAUCCAAGCUCCAACGGUCACCCCUACCAUGGACGGAGAUCUGCUUGUAUUGGGUGCUGUCCUUUGGCUCUCAUCUAUACUCUUUUUACCACCUGCACAAAUUCUCCAAAGACCAUGAAACAGGAUUAGAAAGAGAAUUCCAGUUGGAAAAGGGCCUUCUAAAAGGUUUUAAAAGGGACCCAUUAGACUUUGAGUGGAAUUUCUGGAUUGAAUGGGCCAGAAAAUCUCUAUUGUGGACUCUCAUUGGUCAUGGUGCAAUAUCAAGAUUCUUGAACAUCUUUUAUCCCAAGCUUACGGUACCAGCAAUCACAGUCUACGGCUUCUUAGCAGCCAGCUAUGUGCUGGGGAUCAGAGGUGUGAGUGUUUUGCUGCUGCAUCUGGCGGUGUCCUUCUCAGUGGCCCAGCUACGUAAACCAGCUCUGUCAUGGACUUGUAACCUGCUACUGCUCUCCACACUCCACAUUCAGCCACUUCAAGACAUCCAGAAGGGCUGGUAUAACACAGAGGAGGAAUACUAUCUCCUGCUCUUCAGUGUUGCCGUCUGUGGCCUGCGCUUCAUCAGUUUCAACUUGGAAUGCUGCUGGAGCCCUUCAGACCACAGUGGACUCGCACAGCUAUUUUGGUUGUUUUCAUACACCUUCUAUCAUCCCUUUUUCUACAAUGGACCCAUUAUCACUUACAAAGCAUACACUGAGCAGAUGCGGAGGUCUGCUGAAGAGGGCAACAAGGAUGAAUCUGCUUCUAGUUACCUGCUGCUCAGAUCAGCACGGAUCAUGCUGUGGUGGUGCAUGGCAGAGUACAUGAUCCACGUCAUGUACAUGCACUCCAUCCAAUCUAAUGAGACUUACAUAGAAAUGCUUCCUCCCUGGGCUUUGGGUGGUCUGGCCCUGGCCUUGGUCCAGUUCUUUUAUGUUAAGUAUUUGGUUUUGUUUGGACUUCCAUCCAUGCUUGCCACUUUGGAUGGACUGGUUCCCCCUAAUCUUCCUCGUUGUGUCAGCAUCAUGUAUAGUUUCACAGGGAUGUGGAGACACUUUGAUGAGGGACUGUAUCGAUGGCUCAUCAGAUACAUCUAUGUGCCACUGGGAGGUUCACGUCAUGGUCUUUUUUGCAAAGUGGUAUCCACUGGCCUUGCAUUUGGAUUCGUCUGCCUCUGGCACGGUGGCCACGAUUACCUACAGUACUGGGCCCUCAUGAAUUGGGCUGGAGUUCUGGUGGAAAAUGGACUAAAGUCUUUGUUUGAUUCGUCCCGUGUUCACACCCUCAUUGAGCAGAAUUUCUCCAUGGCGAUGCAACGACGCUGCAUUGCCCUUCUCUCUGCUUUCUCCACUGCAAUGCUCAUCCUGUCUAAUCUGGUGUUCCUUGGGGGGAUACAUGUUGGCAGAAUCUUCUGGAAGCGUGUCUUUGUUCAAGGAUGGUCUACCAUUGCCCCGCCAAUGCUUGCUUUUCUCUACUGCUUUGCUCAGGUUGGACUUGAACAAACGCAUCGCUCGCCAUGAGUCACCUUGACUUUGCAUCAAAAUGAGACUCUCUACUCCUGAACAUCCUGAAGCUGCUGGCUUCAGCACCUCGUCCUCACCAGCCAGAGCUUCUGUGGUGCAGCUGGCUCACAGCCAGUCCAAGUCCAUCUGCUUUCAACUACCCACAGGACUGAAACUAAACCUGCCUGAAAACUUGUACUCAAGGAUAAGGGUUCCUUUGCUCCUGUGGAAAAUGUAAUCCCACACAAACUGUAUUAAACUCAGUAAAGCUGUGUACAUGAGUCUCUAAUGGCAGGCUUACGGCAUGCUUUCUCAGUGAGCUACAGUACAUCUAAUCUGUUUUAUUCUAAUAAAUUGCAAAAGAA